UUCCAGAUAUAUUCAAAUUUAAUCAUUACUUUAUUCAUGAUUUAUCACACAUUGUUAACCCUCUAGCUUGAAAUAUCAUUCAAAGCAAUGCUUGCAUUGCUUGUAAUGUAUGUCCACGUCAGUCUACAUGACUUUUGUGACAUAACCUCGAAAUUUCAAUCUGGUACUCAGUCUUUCAAAUGAAUACGUUUGCAUACAUGUCAAUUUUUGUAUACAUUCCUUAACGUAAACAAGAGUAAUUCAAAAUGAAUUGGACUUUGUGGAUAUUUGUACUUGGAUCUUUUAGUUGUAAAUAUAUACAUGCUCAAGUACAAAGAGUUCCACCUGGUGUAUCACCCCAACAUUAUCAACAACCUGCUCAACAAGUACAUCAAGUACCACAACAAGUUCCACAACAACAGUUUCAGCAAGUACCAGGACAAGUACCUGUGCAUCAAGUUCCAGUUCAACAGGUACCUAUGCAACAACAAUACAUGCAACCUCAUCAAGUACCAGUACAACCAGGACAUGAACAUACACAACCCAUACUCAAUGCUGCCAAUAUAGUUCAUGAAAAGGCACAUAUUGCAGAACAUAUGGAAGUUCCAAUAGAUACUAGUAAAAUGACAGAACAAGAAUUACAAUUUCAUUAUUUCAAGAUGCAUGAUGCAGACAAUAACAAUAAGUUAGAUGGUUGUGAACUUAUUAAAUCCUUGAUUCAUUGGCAUGAACAAGGUAACAAAGAAGCAGGUGAAUCUAAUCCUGUAGAGAAACUAUUCAAAGACGAAGAGUUGGUUACUUUAAUAGAUCCAAUACUUUCUAUGGAUGAUACUAAUAACGAUGGGUAUAUCGAUUAUCCCGAAUUUAUACAAGCACAGCAAAAUGCAGCAUCUACUGGCAGACAGUAGUUACAUAAAAUAAACAAUAUUUUUAUUUCAUUUUAAACAA